AUGGUGUUCGCGACAGGAAAUUCUGUCCACCCCGGCAGUCGCUCCCGCGCUCCUGCCCACUUUGAGCAGGACUCGCUGUCGCUGUCGCCACGGAGGUUGCUCCCUUCCGACACAGGGUCGCCUGCUCACACAGCGGCCCGUUGCCGCUUCGGGGCAGCGUAUCAUUUCUUCCUUCACCCGCUGCGGGCGUCCCAAGAGGCGAUGGGGGGCGGCGAUCUGGCGAAGGACGCGACGGACAUCUCGAAGAGGGUCCGGCAGCUGGAGGACGAGCUCGAGCAGGUGCGGGGCGAGCUGUUCGGCCCCGCGGCGGGCGCGCCCCAAGGCGACGGGCCGCUGAGGCAGCUGCUCCGGAACGGCACCUGGAGCCGCUGGGCCCAGGACAGCGCCAACCAGGAGAAGAUGCGGCUGCUCCUCAGCAGGGCCAACGACUUGCACGACGGGAACACGUGUCCAGACGACGAAGAGGAGCACGCAGGCCUCUGCUACAAGAAGUGCAGCCUGCUGACGGGCGACCACCCGAUCCGCACCAGCGCCUUCUCCUGCUGCAAGGAGGCCCCGUGCACCCUCCUCAACCAGAAGGUCAAGUUCCGGAUCUGCAGCGGCUUCGACGUGGCGGGGGACAGCCAGGGAGGGGGCUGCCCACAUGGCAGGGGCGCCUGCUAUGUGGACGAGGAGCUGCACGCGGACCGCUGCUACAAGCGGUGCAGCUUGCUGACGAGCGGGGACUACAUGUUCCGCUCGGCCGCCGAGACGUGCUGCAAAUACGACCCUCACAAGAGCGUCGUCCCGUGCCUGGACCCGCGGCACACCAACACGAGCCAGGCGUUCGCGGCCGGCGGGGGCGAGCUCGAGUUUCCGCGCGUAGCGCCCGAGGGCACGGUGCCGUCGCACUACCCGCGGCUCAGCGCGGCGGAGGUGGGCCUGGCCGCCCUCGGGCUGGCAUCCCUCGGCGCGGCAGCUGCCAGCGGGCUCCCUGCGCGGGCGGCGCCUGGCCGCGCGGCCGGCGCGGGCGCCGGGCUGAGGGCCGCCGUCGCGCUCGCGGAGGACGCGCCCGCAGCGGACGGCGAGGACGGCGGCGCCGCCGAGGGCGGCGCCGACGACGGCUCUGCCUCUUUGCCCUUCGACUGCGAGGCGGGCUACUCGAACUGGGAGGCGGGGUGGUCUGACGACAAGAAGGCGUGGUGCUGCGAGAACAAGCAGAUGGGCUGUUCGACAACAUCUUUGCCCUAUGACUGCGAGGCUGGCUACUCGAACUGGGAGGCGGGCUGGUCUGACGACAAGAAGGCGUGGUGCUGCGAGAACAAGCAUAUAGGGUGUUCGACAACAUCUAUGCCCUAUGAUUGCGAAGCUGGUUACUCGAAUUGGGAAGCUGGUUGGUCCGACGACAAGAAGGCGUGGUGCUGCGAGAACAAAGAGAUGGGUUGUCCGGCAACGACAUCUCCACCUUAUGACUGUGACGCUGGUUACUCGAAUUGGGAAGCGGGUUGGUCCAACGACAAGAAGACAUGGUGCUGCGAGAACAAGAACAUGGCUUGCGGAGGGACGAACCCACCUGCUGGUGCAGCAGACCCGAUCCCCCUCCCUCUUCCUGAGAGCACCGUUCCUGUCCAGAGCGAUGGGUCGCCGUGCGUGUGCACACAGCAGACGUCGGAUGGGAAGUACCCGGCAGGCAGCCAUGGCGUCUACGGCACUUGCAAGGAAGGCGAAGGAUGUUGUGCCGCAAAUGGAAAGUUGUGCGACGGCACCGCCAGCGUGAUGCCCCCCACCAGUUCGGAUGGCGUGCCUGCCACCUCCCCUGGCAGCGGAGCUCUACCGCCAGCAACUGGCCUCCCUGGCAGUGCGGCGCCCCUGCCGCCAGCAAGCUCCGAUGGCGGCGCCGGGACACCAUCGUCGUCCCCUGGCAGCGGGAAUGGCUCGGGACCGCCCCUUGCGCCGCCGACAACCUCCGAUGGCGGCGCCGGCCCAGCGGCGUCCCCAGUGGCGCCGCCAUUAUCCCCUGUCAGCGGGACUGACUCAGCACCGCCCGCUGCGCCACCGGCAAUCUCCGAUGGCGGCGCUGGCACAGCGGUGCCACCGUCGUCCCCCGGCAACGGGUCUGGUUCGGGACCGCCUCCGUCGCCGCCAACGACCUCCGAUGGUGACGCUGGCCCAGCGGCGCCCACAGCGGUGCCCUCAACGACGUCACCGUCGUCCCCUGGAAGCGGCCCCGCCUCGGGUCCGCCCCCUGCGGCGCCGGCGACCUCCGAUGGUGGCGCCGGCCCAGCGGUGCCACCGUCGUCCCCUGGCAGCGGCCCCGCCUCGGGUCCGCCCCCUGCGUCGCCGGCGACCUCCGACGGUGGCGCCGGCCCAGCGGUGCCACCGUGGUCCCCUGGAAGCGGCCCCGCCUCGGGUCCGCCCCCUGCGUCGCCGGCGACCUCCGAUGGUGGCGCCGGCCCAGCGGCGCCACCGUCGGCCCCCGGCAGUGGCCCUGGCUCGGGUCCGCCCCCAGCGCCGCCAGCGACCUCGGAUGGCGGCGCCGGCCCAGCGGCGCCGCCAUCAUCCCUUAGCAACGGGACGGACUCAGCAACGCCCCCUCUGCCGCCGGCAACCUCCGAUGGCGGCGCCACGACGCCACCGUCGUCCCCUGGUAACAGCUCUGGCUCGGGAACGCCCGCUGCGCCGCCAGCGACAUCCGAUGGCGGCGCCACGCCGCCAUCGACGUCUCCUGGCAGCGGCCCUGGCUCGGGACCGCCUCCUGCACCGCCAGCGACCUCCGAUGGCGGUGCUGGCCCAGCGGCGCCACCGACGUCCCCUGGCAACGGGACUGGCUCGGGUCCGGACUCUGCGCCGCCCGCAAGCUCCGAUGGUGGCGCAGGCCCAGCGGCGCCCCCAGCGGCGCCGCCAUCAUCCCCUGGCAGCGGCUCUGGCUCGGGUCCGCCCCCUGCGCCGCCAGCGACCUCGGAUGGCGGCGCCGGCCCAGCGGCGCCGCCAUCAUCCCUUAGCAACGGGACUGGCUCGGGACCGCCUCCGGCGCCGCCAGCGACCUCCGAUGGUGGCGCUGGCCCAGCGGCGGCGCCCACAGAGGUGCCCCCAGCUGCGCCACCGUCGUCCCCUGGAAGCGGACCUGCCUCGGGUCCGCCCCCUGCGUCGCCAGCGACAGCCGAUGGCGGCGCCGCGGCGCCACCGUCGGCCCCUGGCAGUGGCGCUAGCUCGGGUCCGCCCCCAGCGCCGCCAGCGACCUCCGAUGGCGGCGCUGGGCCAGCGGCGCCCCCUGGCAGCGGCACUGGCGCGGGACCGCCCCUUCUGCCGCCGGGGAGCUCCAAUGGCGGCGCUGGCCCAUCGGCUCCUCCAGGACUGAGCGCUGCCGGGCUCGAUGGUUCCGCCGCCGUGAGGCGCGGCUCCCGUGGCAGCGCCGCAGGGCGAAGUUACGCGCGCCGGCGGCGCACAUCAGAGUAGAUAGGAACGUGACCCCAGCAUCCUCCUUCUUCUCCUCGGCUCCGAGCAGGCCCUCCCACCUACCCUCCCGUGCGCGCCUGCCAAAGAAAGCACUGGACGUCAGGCACCUCCCGUGCGAGCAGUGCUAUUCAUCUUCCGUAAUUCGCUUAGGAAGCAUUUCUUUCAAUCUCCCAGGGCACCGUAGCCUCCCAAUACGUUCUGUUCUGCAGCGGCAGAUUGUGACCCUCCGGGAGUGCUGCCGGGUACCGCUGUACAUUAUAGCGAACUCGUCAGGUACGCGAUCCCCCUGGCGAGGAUGCCACGUCGCGCCCUGCCGAGGCUGCGACACGUAGCUAGGAAGCCUCACGACAAGGCCUGCGUCGGAGCCGGCCAGGAUCGGAGGGAAA